GCGAGCCGCCGUCCCUGGGUGAGGAGCCCACUGCUAACGGAUGUGAUCAAGGCAAAGAUUUCCAUCUGGCUCCCGGGACUGAUGGUGAAAUUCCCAUGGGAUCGGAGCGGAUGGAAAUGCGCAAACGGCAGAUGUCUGUGGCCCAGGAGACACCAAGUUCCACACAGGCACAGCAUGGCAUUGGGAAUCGAGCUUCCAAUGCCUGCUGCUUUUGUUGGUGCUGUUGUUGCAGCUGCUCAUGUCUUACUGUUAGGAAUCAAGAUGAAGAGAGAGCAAGGAGGACAUCCCAUGAACUCAGAGCAGAGAGUAUUCCAAACUGUGAGGAGAGUCCCACUCCUACUCUUGAAGAAGUAAAUGCCUGGGCUCAGUCAUUUGACAAGUUAAUGAUCACUCCAGCGGGCAGAAAUGCUUUCCGGGAGUUCCUCCGAACAGAAUUCAGUGAAGAGAACAUGCUUUUCUGGAUGGCCUGUGAGGAGUUAAAGCAGGAAUCCAACAAGAGUGUCAUAGAAGAAAAAGCAAGGUUAAUCUAUGAAGAUUAUAUUUCUAUCCUUUCUCCAAAAGAGGUCAGCCUGGACUCCAGAGUAAGGGAAGUUAUCAACCGAAAUAUGCUGGAACCAUCACAACAUACUUUUGAUGAUGCACAGCUUCAGAUUUACACCUUAAUGCAUAGAGACUCCUACCCACGGUUUAUGAACUCUGCUAUUUAUAAGGACUUGCUUCAGUCCUUAUCUGAGAAAUCCAUCAAAGCAUAAUAUUUUUUAUUAAUGUAUUUAUUAAAAAAACAGAAAUGGAACUCUGGGCUACAUCAACCAACAGGGAAUUUAGAGUUAAUAGGAUAUCUACCUGAAAAUAAACUCAGGCAUAUUUUAA